AUGCUUUGCAAAUCGCAUUUAAAAAUACAAAUGGAAGAUGAUCCAGAAGAUUUGGUAUUUGAAGAGGGAAUGACUGACACUCCAAAUGCUAAUUAUUACCAUGAUAGUAACCUAGAAGUACAAUUUGAAAGAGAUGUUUUUGCUGGAGCGAAGAGGGCGAGGUUUUACUAUGAGGUUACUGUAGUACGCGAAAAUCAACUCAAGACGGGCGCUGGAAAACCAAAGUUUGAACAACGUCGAACCCUAGUUAAAUCAGAUGUAUUAGAUUAUGAACUUCAUCCAGAAAUUCAUGGAACGGGGAUGGAGAAUUACUACAAAACCAAAGGAAACUCAACCAACCCCCUAUGAAUUCUUUUACAUCAUAACCCCUUUUGGCCGACUUUAUUCGACUUUAAAAAAUUUUUUUAUUACAAAUAAAUUAUU